AUGAAGCGGCGAUUGGACGAGCAGGAGUCACCCGUGUAUGCGUCGCAGCAGAGACGUAUCACCAGCAGCACCGAAGCUUUUCCACACCAGCACCGCGUGCUUGCCCCGGCACCGCCGGUGUAUGAGGCCGUUUCGGAGACCAUGCAGUCGGCCACGGGGAUUCAGUACUCGGUAACUCCCAGCUACCAGGUGUGUGCGCUCGCCCCUUGGCCGCAUCUUGGCUGCGGAGGGAUGUUCACGCUGACAGUAGCAGCCGCAGAGCUGAAGAGCCUGCAGGCAGACACUUGCAGGGACUGGAAGACGACGGUCUGGGCCGUGCCGGUGCAGGGCCAGCAGCAGUUCCAGAGGCUCAAGGUGGAGGAUGCCUUGUCUUACCUGGACCAGGUGAAGCUGCAGUUCGGUAGCCAGCCACAGGUCUACAAUGACUUCUUGGAUAUUAUGAAGGAAUUUAAAUCUCAAAGUAUUGACACUCCAGGAGUGAUCAGCCGCGUGUCGCAGCUCUUCAAGGGCCACCCAGACUUGAUCAUGGGUUUCAACACCUUCUUGCCACCUGGUUACAAGAUUGAGGUGCAGACAAAUGAUAUGGUGAAUGUGACAACGCCAGGGCAGGUUCACCAGACCCCGGCUGCCCCCCCCCGCCCCCCGCCCCAGCCACAGCAUCAGUCGCAGCCUUCGGCGCAAUCGACCCCGACACCAGCACAGCCAGCGCCGCAGCCUCCGCCUGCCAAAAUCAGUAAGCCGUCGCAGCUGCAGGCACACACCCCCACCAGCCAGCAGACUCCCCCGAUUCCACCAUACGCAUCACCGCGCUCGCCACCGGUCCAACCUCAUACGCCUGUGACAAUCUCUCUGGGAACCACACCAUCCCUGCAGAACAAUCAACCCGUUGAGUUUAACCAUGCCAUCAACUAUGUCAACAAGAUCAAGAAUCGGUUCCAGGGACAGCCAGACAUCUACAAAGCCUUCCUGGAGAUCCUCCAUACGUAUCAGAAAGAGCAGCGCAACGCCAAGGAGGCAGGAGGGAACUACACGCCAGCUUUGACCGAGCAGGAGGUGUAUGCGCAGGUGGCUCGCCUCUUCAAGAACCAGGAGGAUCUGCUCUCGGAGUUCGGGCAGUUCCUGCCCGAUGCCAACAGCUCUGUGCUGUUAAGUAAGACAACUGCAGAGAAAGUGGAAUCGGUAAGAAAUGAUCACGGUGGCACGGUGAAGAAGCCACAGCUCAACAACAAACAGCAAAGACCCAACCAGAAUGGCUGUCAGAUCCGACGGCACUCGGCAACUGGAGCAACCCCUCCGGUGAAGAAGAAACUGAAGCUGCUUGGUUUAAAAGACCAGUCUUUGGUGGAAGCCAGCAAACAUGGUGUGGGGACAGAAUCUCUCUUCUUUGAGAAGGUCCGCAAAGCUCUACGGAGCACAGAAGCAUACGAAAACUUUCUUCGCUGCCUGGUUAUUUUCAACCAGGAGGUGAUCUCCCGGGCUGAGCUCGUGCAGCUCGUUUCUCCAUUCCUGGGGAAAUUCCCAGAAUUGUUCACUUGGUUUAAAAACUUUCUGGGGUAUAAAGAGUCUGUUCACAUGGAGACAUACCCGAAGGAACGGGCUACCGAGGGGAUUGCCAUGGAGAUAGACUAUGCCUCCUGCAAAAGGCUGGGCUCCAGCUACCGAGCCUUACCCAAGAGCUACCAGCAACCCAAGUGCACGGGGCGGACUCCGCUGUGUAAAGAGGUUUUGAAUGACACCUGGGUCUCCUUCCCGUCCUGGUCCGAAGACUCCACGUUCGUGAGCUCCAAGAAGACGCAAUACGAAGAGCACAUCUACAGGUGUGAGGAUGAGCGUUUCGAGCUGGAUGUUGUCUUGGAGACCAACCUGGCAACGAUCCGCGUCCUUGAGGCAAUCCAAAAGAAACUCUCGCGCUUGUCUGCCGAGGAGCAGGCCAAAUUCCGGCUGGACAACACUCUGGGUGGCACUUCGGAGGUGAUCCACCGCAAGGCUCUCCAGAGGAUAUAUGCUGACAAAGCAGCCGACAUCAUUGAUGGACUUCGGAAGAACCCAUCCGUGGCUGUUCCCAUUGUCCUGAAAAGGUUAAAGAUGAAAGAGGAAGAGUGGCGAGAAGCCCAGAGAGGAUUCAAUAAAGUCUGGCGAGAGCAGAAUGAGAAGUAUUACCUGAAAUCCUUGGACCACCAGGGCAUCAACUUCAAGCAGAAUGAUACCAAGGUCCUGAGGUCAAAGAGUCUCCUCAACGAGAUUGAAAGCAUCUAUGAUGAGAGGCAAGAGCAGGCUUCAGAAGACAAUGCUGGAGUCCCCACAGGCCCACACCUAUCGCUAGCCUAUGAAGACAAGCAGAUCCUGGAGGACGCUGCCUCUCUCAUCAUCCACCAUGUGAAGCGGCAGACGGGAAUCCAGAAAGAGGACAAGUACAAAAUCAAGCAGAUCAUGUAUCACUUCAUUCCAGACCUGCUGUUCGCUCAGCGAGGUGAACUCUCGGAUGUGGAAGAGGAGGAAGAAGAGGAAAUGGAUGUGGAUGAAUCUACUGGGGCUGCGAAAAAGCACAACGGUGUUGGGGGUAGUCCUCCCAAAACCAAGCUGAUGUUCAACAACACGACGGCCCAGAAGCUGCGGGGCAUGGAUGAGGUCUACAAUCUCUUCUACGUGAACAGCAACUGGUACAUAUUCAUGCGGCUGCAUCAGAUCCUGUGCUCGCGGCUGCUGCGGAUCUGCACCCAGGCCGAGCGGCAGAUCGAAGAGGAGACACGGGAGAGGGAGUGGGAGAGGGAAGUGCUGGGCAUAAAGCGAGACAAGAGCGACAGUCCUGCCAUCCAGCUACGACUGAAGGAGCCUAUGGACAUCGAUGUUGAGGAUUAUUACCCAGCCUUCCUGGACAUGGUGCGCAAUCUCCUGGAUGGGAACAUGGACUCGUCGCAGUACGAGGACUCCUUGCGCGAGAUGUUCACCAUCCACGCCUACAUCGCCUUCACCAUGGACAAGCUGAUCCAGAGCAUUGUUCGACAGCUGCAGCACAUUGUGAGCGAUGAGAUCUGCGUGCAGGUAACAGACCUCUACCUGUCGGAGAACAACAAUGGCGCAACAGGAGGUCUCCUCGCUUCCCAGUCUUCUCGUACCCUUCUAGAGGCCGCGUACCAGCGCAAAGCCGAGCAGCUUAUGUCAGAGGAGAACUGUUUCAAGCUGAUGUUCAUUCAGAGCAGAGGUCAAGUUCAGCUAACCAUUGAGCUGCUGGACACAGAAGAGGAGAACUCCGAUGACCCUGUCGAAGCAGAGCGCUGGUCGGACUACGUGGAGCGGUACGUCAACUCUGAUUCUACCUCCCCUGAGCUCCGGGAGCACCUGGCCCAGAAACCGGUCUUCCUGCCAAGGAAUCUGAGGCGGAUCCGUAAGUGUCAGCGUGGUCGGGAGCAGCAGGAGAAGGAAGGGAAGGAGGGAAACAGUAAGAAGUCCAUGGAGAGCGUGGAGAGCUUGGACAAGCUGGAGUGUAAAUUCAAGCUGAACUCCUAUAAGAUGGUGUACGUGAUCAAAUCGGAGGACUACAUGUACAGGAGGACUGCUCUGCUGCGAGCUCAGCAGUCCCACGAAAGAGUCAGCAAGCGGCUGCACCAGCGGUUCCAGGCCUGGGUGGACAAAUGGACCAAGGAGCACGUGCCCCGCGAGAUGGCAGCCGAGACAAACAAGUGGCUGAUGGGCGAAGGGUUGGAGGGCUUGGUGCCCUGCACCACCACGUGUGACACAGAGACCCUGCACUUUGUGAGCAUUAACAAGUACCGCGUCAAAUACGGCACGAUAUUCAAGACGCCGUAA